AUGAAGCCUUUUUACGGGCUGCUAUUGCCCCUUCUGGCAUCCGCCCUUCCUACUGGCGCCCCAGUGGUCGAUCUAGGAUACUCGACCUAUCGAGGCGUCAGACUCUCCGGAGGCAUAGAUCAAUAUGUGGGCAUGCGUUUCGCUGCGCCACCACUUGCAGAAUUGAGAUUCCGUGCUCCUAGAGAUCCAGUCCAGGAGACGUCUAUACAAAAUGCAUUCACCUUCGGACCAUCUUGUCUCGGCGUCGAACAGGAGGUCUCUGCUGAGAAAUCCGAAGACUGUCUAUAUAUCAACGUGUUCGCUCCCUCGAACGCCACAGACCUGCCUGUUUGGAUAUACAUCGAGGGCGGAGGAUACGCCACCAAUUACGAUCCCAACUAUAAUGGCACCAACGUGAUCCGAGAAUCAGGCCACAACAUCAUUUUCGUCAAUUUCAACUACCGCGUCGGCGCCCUCGGCUUUUUGGCCAGCGAGAAUGUCCGUCGUGAUGGUGAUUUGAACGCCGGUCUCUUGGAUCAGCGAAAGGCGUUGCACUGGGUGCAGCAACAUAUCCGCAAGUUCGGUGGAAACCCAGACCACGUCGUGAUCCAAGGAGUAUCUGCCGGCGGUGGUUCUGUAGCUCACCAUCUCACCGCGUACGGAGGCCGAGACGACGGACUGUUCAUCGGUGCAGUCGCUGAGAGUCCGUUCUGGCCUGCCCAGCCCACCGUGGCGGAGGCUGAAUCCCAAUUCGACCGGUUCGCCAACGAAACCGGAUGCUCGGACUCUCCGAACAUUCUCUCCUGUCUCCGGUCUCUCAACAUAUCCACCCUGGAACAGGCGAACGUGCUACAUCCUCUCCCUGGUGCUUCCGACGAGCCCAUAUCGUUAUGGUACUGGUUGCCAGUUGUAGACGGCGACAUCAUUCCAGACAGUUUAUACAAUCUCUUCGAAGAAGACAAGUAUCUAAAGGUGCCACUGUUAGUGGGAAGUAACACAGACGACGGGUCCGAGUUUGCAAACAAUGCCACCACCCCGGCCGAAGUAUCCGCGUUCAUCAAAAACAACUAUCCCCAUCUCACGCCCGAUCACCUGGAGGCGAUCAACCACGCCUAUCCUCAAGAAGAGCCCAUGCCACAGCACGCAGCAUACUUCCCGUCUGCCUCGGCCGCCUACGGCGAUGCCGCAUUCACCUGUCCCAGCAUGUUCAUGGCAGACGCCAUGAUGCGAUCCACCGGCCAAGUGUGGGAUUACCUGUUCGACGUGCAUGAUCCGGCCAUGGAUGCCAUCGGGCUCGGCGUUCGCCAUAUGCUUGAGACGGAGGCCAUUUUCGGGGUCGGGUACGGGGGUGUCCAUUAUGAUGCGUACGCUGCUGAGAAUGCGGCCAUCGUGCCAGUGACGAUGAAUUAUUUUAUCAGUUUCGUGAGAGCGUUGGAUCCGAAUGUGUUUCGGAAGGUAGGAACGCCGGAAUGGACGAGAUGGGGACAGGGAGAGCAACUCUUUCUGCAGCAGGAGACGGAGAUGGGAGUGGUUUCGCGGGAAACGAGGGAUCGGUGCGAUUUGUGGAGGGCGCUGGGUCCCGUGAUGGAGGUGUAG